GAACCAUCUAGACAUACAGAGGAGUACGAUAAAUCAAAAGGAAAUACUAUAUAUUGAUAAUGAAUCACCUCUCCAGGAACGUUCCAUACUACUCCCCCGCGCCAGGAUAUGUCACAGACAGUUAUGGCCCUGAAGGAGACGAAGUAGGGUUCUUUGAACUUCCCAUGCAGGAACCCCUGCCCUUGCAUCCUGAUGAUCCGUUGGCACAAACUGCAGACGAACUUGUAGCGCUAGCUAUAGAGAGCUUUCAACACGAGAAACAUCGAUCCGAGACACGCCCUCGGAAUAGCCGAUCACGUAGGGCAGACCGCUCUCGAUGCUCCAAUCGGGGAGACCCAGGGCGCCAAUUCGCCUGUCCAUUCUACCUCCGCAGACCAGCGGAUCAUAUGCAGUGCUUCACCAAUUUUGAAUUUCGAGCAAUUAAAGACGUAAAGAAACAUGUCUGGAACAACCAUAGGCUACCGCCCUACUGUCCCAUAUGCGGCAGAAUAUUCUCCACGGCAGCCAGUUGCGACAGCCACAUCAGAUAUAGGGGCUGUACUCUCCAAGACUUUAUCAAGCCCGAGGGUAUAACGGUACAGCAGGCCCAGCAACUAGCCGAACCUGCCGACGCGCGGAUGCACGAAGAUUUGCAAUGGCUAUCCAUCUGGGCCGUUGUCUUUCCCGGGGAGUCCUAUCCGACCGAAAUGUACCCAUCGGGCUCCAUGGAGACCGCAGUCUGCGCGUUCCGAAACUACUGGGCUGCUAAUGGGGAGAGGACCGUGUCCGAGUUUCUCCAGGGGAGAGGCUUCCACAGAUAUACUCUCCCGGACGAACGACGCAGCUUCAAGGCGCUGUGCAAGACGGUUCUCCGCCGGGUAAUCGACUACCUGGUUGAGAACCUCGCGCACGAGGACUCUGACGCCUCCGUCGGAGGACCGAGCACCUCUUGAACCUUCGUGACUACGAUACCUGUACCAACACCAACUAUACGAAAAAAAAACUGUACAUCGGCACUAUUCACUAUUUCCUUCUAGGCGUGCAUCAUACAAACAUUCUUUUCACU